AUGAGCGAGUCACUGGUCGUGUGUCAAGUGUGCGAUGACCUGUUGGGCAAAAUCAAGAAGUUUCGCUUCCGGAAAGAGACCACAAAUGCCGCCAUCAUCAUGAAAAUUGACAAAGAGAAGCAGCUGGUGGUUCUGGAGGAGGAAUAUGAUGUAACGCGCCUCACAUUCAUCAUCUACAGUUAUAAGUACGUCCACGACGACAACCGUGUCUCGUACCCUCUGUGCUUCAUCUUCUCCAGUCCAGUCGGCUGCAAACCGGAGCAGCAGAUGAUGUACGCGGGGAGCAAAAACAAACUAGUGCAAGAUGGAGAACUCACCAAGGUUUUCGAGAUCAGAACCACGGAAGACCUGACCGAGGAGUGGCUUCGGAGUAAACUUGGAUUUUUCCGCUGA